CGAGCGCAGGCUGGGUACCGGGUCGCUCGCGCGCGAGUCGCGGAGGCGCCGCCGCUGCAGUCGCCGCAUCUCCGAGUAGCAUGGCUGACAGCAGGCCCAAGCCCCCCAAGCCCGCCAACAAGACGCCCCCCAAGUCCCCAGGGGACCCCGCGAAGGACAAGGCAGCCAAGAGGCUGUCACUGGAGUCGGAGGGUGCCAGCGAGGGGGCGGCCGCCGCGGGCCCGGAGCUCAGCGCCCUGGAGGAGGCCUUCCGGAGGUUUGCGGUGCACGGGGACACCAGGGCCACCGGGAAGGAGAUGCAUGGCAAGAACUGGUCCAAGCUGUGCAGGGACUGCCAGGUGAUCGACGGCAGGAACGUGACCGUCACCGACGUGGACAUCGUCUUCAGCAAGAUCAAGGGCAAGUCCUGCAGGACCAUCUCAUUCGAGCAGUUCAAGGAAGCACUGGAGGAGCUGGCCAAGAAGAGAUUCAAAGACAAGAGCGGUGAGGCGGCCGUCCGAGAGGUGCACAGGCUCGUCGAGGGCAAGGCCCCCAUCAUCUCGGGGGUGACGAAAGCCAUCUCCUCGCCCACCGUGUCGCGGCUCACGGACACCACCAAGUUCACGGGCUCCCACAAGGAGCGCUUCGACCCGUCGGGCAGGGGCAAGGGCAGGGCGGGCCGCGUGGACCUGGUGGACGAGUCGGGCUACGUGCCGGGCUACAAGCACGCGGGCACCUACGACCAGAAGGUGCAGGGGGGCAAGUAGCCGGCGGGGCCUUCU